CGCUCACACUCACCAGGCUGUGUGAGAGGGGGAUUGUUCAAGUCACUUGGCUGCUCGUCCUAGACAGGAACGCGCCUGAAUUUUAACUCAACCAGAACUUCACAGUUCCGCACAGAUCGUCAGUCGUAUCCAGCCAGCAGCCAAAUUCCAUCACACUGCAGUCAUUUUCAGCUCUGCCAACGUUCUGGCUUGCCUUCAAAAUACUCAGUGCCUCUUGGGAGUGUGUUGUAAACCAAGCCACUUGGAGUCUAAACUUAGCACAGGCUGGCUAAAAAUAGUCCUUCAUGUCAAAAGUUGCAAGCGAAAUUAGAGUGACUUUCUCACUGGUCCCAGGGAAUUGAACGAAUCUUUUUUUUUAUUUGCAACAAGCCUGACUUUAACGUGUAGCUGGUUAAAUAAACAGGAAGCUUUAGUCACUGUGAGGUCUUCGACGUCAGUUGUGAAAGCAGCAAACUUGCCACAGUGGGAGCUCUGACACUUAGCGAGGGAGCAGUCGGAAAGCGAGAGAAAAAGGAGAGAGAUUCCCUCCCAUAGACAGCGUUCAAUGACACUACCUGACAGAGUCAGAGGGACUGAGCAAGUAGCGAGGCAGCGCUUUCAAACGUGUCUCCAGGCUGCUUCACAUACACGCUGAGGGUCCACAUGGUACAGAGGGCAAGGUGAAAUAGAAACUCCUGAAGACCUCGCUACAGCUCAGCAGUCCAAUCGUCUAACCCACUCACUGUGCCUGUAUUCUGUGUGUGAGCAGCCUCCCUGUUUGUAAUCUAGCUUGUAAAUACUGAGCAUUCACCCAGCCUGUACACUGUGUGUGUGCAUGUGCGUAUGUGAGGGAGAGAGAGUAUUCACUCUGCUUGUCCCUUGUGUGAGUAAUCACUGUCUGUACACUGUGUGAGAGUGUGUGAGUAUUCCCUCUGUACGACUAACAGAGCAAGCCAGUUAACAAUGUUGGAGACUGUACGCACGUUCUUUCAGUCGGUGUGGGAGUUGAUCUUGGCCAAGCACAAUGAGGGGCUAUACAACUCAAUCUGCCUGGUGGUUCUGCUGAUCCUGCCCAUCCUGCUGUUGUUGCUUGUCGUGUGUCUCUGCUGCUACGGCUGUUGUAGUGGGCGGCACACUCCCUGCAAGUGCUGUCGACGGCAAAAAGACACAGUCAGGAAGAAGAACCCUGAUGACCUCUGGAUCCAAAGGCAGCCACAGCCCAUCAUGAUGGACAGUCUCUCCGUGCCUGUGUAACAUUCCAUGCUGCCACUCAGAGUCUCCUUCCAGCUCACCCCUCAAUCCAAAGUAGCACUUCAGAACAACAAAGAGCAGGCAUUACUGUACUGUCUGGAGACUUGGCAGCUGACAGCGUGGACACCUUUCCGAAUUUCGCCCUUUUGCUGUGUUGAUUGAGCAGCCUCGUCCCUCGGGCAUUGAUUUUGUGAUCAUACAGCCUGAGCACUGGUUAUUAUCUGACUGUUAGAGCAAGUGGGUCACUUUGCACAAGCAUCCAGGCUCCCCCCCCAUCACCACAACUGCACUGGAUCCCAGAAUGGUCCCAUUCUCAAACUCUCUGCUGUCCCUGUCUUAACCCAGCCCUUCAGCUCGCGUUUAUCUGCUGUGGUUAGUUCUCUGCUAUCAAUUUAAUGACAGUCAAUGUACGCUGUUUGCAAUUACACCAGGAAGUCAGUCAUACUCUGGCUGCAAUUUGUACAACUUUACAUGAUGUUUGCUGUGGUGUUGUAUGUACUGUGAGCAGUAUGUGUAUGGAAAUGUGACAAUGUGUCUGUAUUGUAUGAUAUGGUAUAAUUACAGUACAGUGGUCAUGUACACAGCAUGGAUAGUAUAUACAAUUCAUCCACACUGGAUACCAUGACGGCAGUGUGGCUGGAUUGUAUAAUACAAUUGCUGUAAAGUAUGAGAUGUCACUGUGGUAUGUCCAGUCACAGUGCCAGUGCUGAAGGCAGGGGAGGCACAGUUUCAAUAAUGUUUGUGAUUGGACCACUCCUUUCUAAGGAAUGUGCCUUAGCUUUUAAGCAUUAGCUUGCAAAGACAAUCCAUGUACUUCCAGAACCAGGCAGCUUCUCAAAUUGACCAUUCACUGGGCUUGUAACUGUUCACUUGAAUUUUGCACUGAAUCACAGUAAACUUACUGACAAGCUAGAACCUCUCCGAUACUGUGCUUCUCAGCUUUAGACCUGUCAUACUGUUUGAUAUUUAUAAAGUACCUGAUUUGGAUGGUCAGAUCCAAUGAAGGAAGAAUGUUUCUAUUUGAAUUAUUUUGGAAUGGUUGUGUGAAUAAUCAAAUUUUUUUUACAAAGUGUUUCUGACCGUUACAUUCAAUAAUAACCAAAUAAUGUGUGUUGCCUCUGUCACUGUACGGUGUCAAGCAGACACAUCAGGCAUCUGCUCCUACCCCUAUAUCUUACUGUCUUAUGGUGCGUACCAGUCUAUAAUGGACACUGUCAGUUAGUAUGUGCCGGUCCGUAACGCGCCCAGUCCAUUGGCACGUGCCGAUCCGUAACGCGCCUUCUCAAUUGGUACACCGUUCGAGUGAGAACUGGCAGAUACAGAUCCAUCCCUGAUCCGCGUACCCUGUCAUGUGUCUGCAGUUGGCACUCUGCAUUCCCAGAAGCAUGUAUUGAUAUUGAGGCAAUGUAUUCUGUGUUUAGAUGUUAUUUGUAAAAUAUCUUUUCUAUUUUCUUCAGACCGAUACUGACUAUUAUGACAAAGUAAAUAUUUGGACAAAGUGAAUAUUUUUGAUGGAUACAUUACAUUACUGUUACAUUAAUGGCGUUGUAGCUCAACUUAUAAAAGGCCAUUUCUACAAAAAUAUUUUUGAUUAAAUUGAA